AUGUCACUUGAUAGUAUCAUGCUCGUACACUGGACAUUCUUAUCUACGAUUCUGGUGAAUGGCCUACUCUUCGUUGAAGGUGCUCCUAAGCGCACAUUGGUUAGGAUAUCCCAUCGCGGAGCCCGCCUCGACAUUCGUCUUAUACCGAGUAUGAUGGCGAAGACCAUGACUGCCUUCAACGGAGAGUCGUAUUCACUCACUUCUGAAGACCGUGAGUGUGAACGAUGCUUCGCGCAAGAUGGUAUGAUCUACGACCUGAACGCUGUAGGGGUCCAGAUUGUGGACUCCGCAUGCUCGGUUGGUCACAGUCAAAUCUUGAGCUACUUAAGGAAGGCUGAGAUUACUUUGGGGAUUGACUUUGAUUGCGAGCCCGACUCAGUGGUCACCAUAAACCCGCUGUCCAGGCCUGUUAGGGCACAAAACUCGUCCAAUUGUACUGGCGGCAAUCCCGUUCUUGGCACCAAUGAUCCCGGCUCCUCCUGCCAGCGUAGCCUCGAGGUUAUCCGCAUCGGAGCUGCCUGGCAAGCGGCUCGCUCAGCCAAGCGCAGCUGA